GGUCUCGCAUAUGUCGUCAACAUUCUAAUCCAUUCAACCCACGAAAGGCGAACAAUCAAACAACACAGAACCACUACCAUUCGAAUCUCGUCGUCUCCAUUUCUUCGAAGAACACAAAAUCACAUAGCCUCAAUAGGUCUCGCACCCCUACCAAGGGGGUUUUCCAUCCGCCCACCAUGCCCAACGCAGGCCUCAAGACCAUCAUCGCCCUCUCCUUCGUCCUCGCCAUCGGCUUCCUCCUCGUCAUCCUCUCCUGCGCCCUAUGGAAGGUCUACUAUCCCCUCAUCGUCGUCGCGACCUACGUGAUCGCGCCCCUCCCCAACUGGAUCUGUUCUCGCUGCGCCAACCCGGAUGAUUUCGUUGAGAGCUCCGGCGGAGCCAUCAUCGAUCUCGGCCGCUUCUGCACUGGCUUCCUCGUUGUCAUGGGCAUUGCUCUGCCCGUCGUCCUUGCGCACUCCGACCUUAUCCGAGUCGAGGCCAUGAUCAUGUCCAUAGCCGGUGGCUUGCUCAUUUACGGCACCAUCAUCAGCUUCGGCAUGUUCUUCCAGGAGGAUCAGGAGUUCUAAUUCUAAUACCUGGCGCAAAUCGGGGCUCGAGGAUGAAAAGGCAAAGGACACUGUGAACCGUGUCUCUCAGACACCGUGAUUCGUGCUGUAGGAGUCAGAGAAAGGGGACUCUGGCGACAAUCCAAGAGGAGGGAGCCUGUACAAUACGGAACACCGCUUUUGUUGUUGCGACUUCUGGUUUUGUGGUGGGGAACAGAAUGGCUGGAGGGACAGGCGGG